AUGUCAACUGUCAACUGGAUCUGUCAAAGAAACGAUUUGACUUUGUAGGGGUAUUUUUUCAUCGUUUUUGUAAAACAAUUACAAGUGCUGAAAUGAUUUUCGUAUUAAAUUCUGCUCAUCAAUAACUUUAUCGCAAGGUGCAGUAAGAAUGGCUGGUUUUGGAGAAUACUCGUCUUACAAUAGACCUUAUGGCUUAGAUCCAAACCGUGAACCUAACGAUUUAUACGACACCCGCUAUCAACAAAUUUAUGGUUAUCAUACUCCAAUUACAGAAGAAUUUCAGGGACCUCCUUUAGUAAUGGAUGAUAUUCCAGAUGAAGAAAACAAUACUUACGUGACUACAGCGAUAAGUGUAGCGAGUCUUAUAACCGAAAAUCUUCUGAGCCAUCCAUUCAUAGUUUUACGAAGACAAUGUCAGGUGCACAACAGUUUAAAGAGUUACCAUAUAUUUCCAUACACACUGCUGCCAGUAGUGGUGAGAUUGCACAGAAGACAAGAUGUCACUACUCUGUGGAAAGGCAUCGGCUCCACAUGUAUAGUCCGGGGACUUAACUUGGCUGUAGAGGAUGUUGUUGCCAAGGGCACAGGCUGGCCUAAGGAGAUUGGAAAAUGCAGUUCAGUAUUGCAAUUUCUUCAACACAUAACAUUAAAAUGUGUAAGUUUAGCCAUAAUUACACCAUUUUACUCAGCAAGUUUAGUGGAAACAGUACAGAGUGACAUCGCCAGUGACAAGCCUGCUCUCUUUGAUGUGUUCCGUGAAGGAUUUGUACGGUUAUUAGAGUGGGGUACACCCAGCAGAGGCAGGAUGCUGCCAAUAUGGGCAAUUGUUUUCCCCACUGUUGCUCUUGGAAUUUCCAAGUAUAUCGCACACAUAACACUUAAAAGUAUAACAAUGCGUAUCCUCCGUUUUCAACAAAGACACAGACAUGAAUUGAGUGAUGCGUACAGUUCAAGUUCUAGCUACAGCAAAAACUCGCAGAAUCCGCUCAUUGAGGACUUGAACUUGAAGGCAAACAUCUUCUCUUUCAUAACUAUGGAGAUAUUGUUCUACCCAGUAGAAACUAUCAUCCAUAGGCUACACAUACAGGGCACUAGGACAAUAAUAGAUAAUUUAGAUACUGGGACCUCAGUAACCCCCAUACUAACAGGUUAUGAAGGUUUUAUAGAUUGCUACAAUACCACAAUAGCACGGGAAGGUGUUGCAGGCUUAUACAAAGGGUUUGGAGCUCUAGUUCUGCAGUUAGCAGCCCACCUUGCUAUAAUCAAGCUAACAACAUUGGUGGUAACAGAAGUAUCAAAUUUAUUAAAGCCUGCCAAAUCGCCAACUACUUCUGAAGACUCAGUCCACUCUCAACAAAAGUAUCUAUUCAACUAGUACAAGGCAAAAUUAUUGUAGGGUCAUUAGAGAUUUAUUGAAUUUAUUAUGUUAUAUAGAAAUAUAAUUUGGUACUUCAGGGCACCCAAUACAAAAACAGUAUAUUACUUUUAAUUUAACAUUUAUAGUGGCUAUAUGCAUCAGAGCUUAUUGUGCUAACAAAAAUAAUUUAAGGACAUGUUGAAAUAUACAGUUUUCAUAUUAACACAUUGAUUGCAACAACAAAAUUAAUGGGCUAUCCACCAGUACCACCACCACCACUUCACACAGUGUGUUGUCCCAAAACACACAACUUUUGUCAGCCAUGUUAAAUAUACAAUACAUCAAAAUAUCUAAGUAUUAGGUGCUCAUUAAGAUUUAAUAUCCAAAGCAGUUUGGUAAUGAUAUAAUUUGCUAAAUCAAAAUAGUAUUACAGUUCAUUGGAUAAGAUAUGCAACUUAACUACUGAUGUCAUUACUCAAGUUUGUUUUUUGUUACUUUUGUAAUGUUAUGGAUAGAUAUUAAGUAAAGUGGCAUAGCUUUGUUAGUAAUCAGAAAAAAAUGUUUGAAUCAGUUUUGUUUUAAAUAAAAAUCAUUUAUUAUAUUUAU